AUGGAGUUGGGGGGUGCGUCGGGGGGUGGGGUUUGGGGCGGGUGGUGCGGGGGGGGAGAUGGGUUGGGGUGGGGGUGUGGGAGGGUGGAUGAGGGAGGGUGGGUGAAUGGUGUGCGGGGUGGGGGGAUGGAGGGAGUGUGGGGAGUGUUGGGGGUGGGGGGGGUUGGGGGGGUGUGGGAGGGGUGGAACGGGUGGCGGGUUAGGGGUGGGCAGGUUGGGUGGAGUCGGGCGUUGGAGUGGGGGUGGUGGGUGGGAAGACAGGGGGGAGGAGUGAUGGGGGGGGGGGGGGUAAGGGGAGGGGGGUGGGGGGGGGGGGGGAGGUAG